GAUGAAGGUGUAAGGCCUUAGUAUAAAUUAAAACGUUGUGCUGUAAUAAAUCACAUGAGUAAUUUACUUACAUAAUGCGAUCUAACAACGUGCUUGUGAUUGUACUUGUGCUUGUGGCUGCAUUGGGUUUUCCCGUUGUUUUGCCAGAUGAUUGCCAGAGUGUGAAAGUUGGAACAAACAAUAAGCAGCUGGUGUUUGUGAUAAAGUUUAACACUUUAGAACUGAAAGCUGUGACGUGCCACAAAUACGGAACUACAAUAGGCCAAUGCAGAGGUAUAAACGUGUUCGUUUGUUCAGUUGAACCCCCGUUUAGUGGCGUUUACAACAUGUCUUCAAAUGCCGACCUUACACAGGUUACUCUCACAAUAAUAACAGUCGACGAGACCCGUGCCGGCGAGUACUGUUGUUCCAAGGAAAGCAUGAAGGAAUCCACAUGCCAAUGUAUCAAGGUAGCAGGAUUCUUCUACGCCUCUGAUGGGGAUGGCGUUGUUUGCUAUUGCUGUGGUAUUCGACGAUAUAGUUGUGUGGAAGUAGAUGAUCCGAUGGAGGUACAUAAGCGUAUUUAUCCUAGGUGCAAAUUUAUCAUUAACAACAGCGAACACAAUGUACCAGCCAUCUCUGACGGACCUUUAAGGCAGACUGUUGCCCGUUUGGAUAUGAUUCCAGAAUUUAUUCGAGCACCAAGCCCAGGAGAAGAUGUGAAUAACAGUCAGAUAACGAGAACUGGCGUUCAAAUGGCAAUACCAAAACACCCACACAUGGCUAUUGAAACGGUGAGAGAACAGUUCUUCCAUGGAAAUUGGCCAAACACACCAAAAUAUUCAGCUGUACAACUGGCUGAUGGUGGCUUCUUUUUCACGGAUCUUGGAGAUUGCGUGCGUUAUUUCUUUUGCGGCAUAGCACCAACGUUUGGGAAUUAUAUGGACAAAAACAAAUUGCAAAGCCGCAAAGCCUUUCAUACUGAAAAAGCUGGUAAAUACCAAAGUCUGGUAUCUUUUGAAGAACUUAGAACGACACAAAGCAAGACAACACAGACCAAGGAUCAGGCUCAUUUUGAUGUAGUCUUCGAUAAACCGGAAUAUGAAGAUUGCUGAGAUAGAUACUCAAAACACCAGGCUAUCUUUAUUUAUGCCGUUUCAGUGAAUAUAAAUCCACAGUUUCCACAACCAAUUUUGCCACCAACGGCAUUGCCACAACCGGCAUUACCGGCAGUACCAUCAAUUGAGUUGCCUCAACCAUUUUUGCCGCAACCUGCAUUAUUAUUCACCCAGGCAGAACUACCACAGCCUGCACUAUCAAUGUUGCCUGAACAAGAGAUACCACCAGCAUUGCAUAAUCCAGUGAUGGAUCCUGAACAACCAUUAACACACGAAGAGGUCGUUGCCGUUGUGGAAUGGUAUAUUUAAAGAACGGACUAAUGUGUUACAACAUUCAUUAUUUACAUUGUAGCCUGGUAUUUUAAAUAUCCAUCUGAGCAAUCAACAUUUUCGGAACAUUGUCGUACUCCUGAUCAGUAACAACUGACAAAUUAUAUUAUUGAAAGCAAUUAAGUUCACAAGAGAAAACGUGUUAAUUCUUGCCAUUUUAAAUAUAUUUUUUACAUGUCGUUAACCUUGUGUACGGGAAAAUUUAACAUAAUUAAGCACGUCAAAACCAAAAACCAGUAUCAAAACAAAUUGAAAACAUCAAAACAGUAUCAGGAGUACAUUGCAAACGGCAUAUAGUCUGUUCAAGCCCCCGUUUACAUCCCCCUAUGAACAGCGAUGACUUGAGUAAUGUAAGGUAAUGGUAAUUAAGUGUUAUCGGGGCAGCAAAACAAAAGAAGAGAAAUUGCCCGCCAAAGUCACAAAUUACGUCAUGUAUGGUUAUGAUAAAUUCUCUGUUCAUGUGGGACUUGUAAACGGAAAUUAACACAGACGCAUGCAUACCAUGUUCCGGUUUAUCAUUUGUGUACUUUAGUUUGCUCAUGUUAUAUGUGGACAAUAGUAAGCGAAAGCUUGUAAAUCUGUUACACUAUGAAAUUGUUUGCAUCAUUUCGAAUUCUAAACGUUCACAAUAAGCUUGGGUUCGCCGCUGUUAGUUCAUUUUUGUUGUUGCAGAAUUUAUAUAUGUCGUGCAUUAAUUUAUGACAUCAAUAUAAACUGUUAUAUCUAAUUUAAAUCUAAAUUAUCAUAACUUAUAUUGUUUCUCAUGUUUUUCAUUAAAUUAAACGCCUGCAUUAAUUCGUCUACUGUCGUUUGCAUAUUUUUGCUACUGACGUUUGCCAUUCCUAAACGUACU